CGCAUAGUAAUAAUCAAAUUCUAUGCCCGCCAUAUGAAGGAGUUGUCAGGAAAACUCUCCAUGUGGCAAAACCAAAUAUUGAACUUUGAUAAAAUCAAUCAAGAAGAGGACAUUUAAACAAGAACCCCCCCGUCCCUUCAUAAGUCACCAAAUAUACCAUUGCUUUUCCAUGGCUGAGAAGCAGCAAACUGAACCCUCUGACAAACAACCUGGUGAAUUAACAGACUCAGCGCCGGUUUUACCAAGAACUUAUGGGACAUUGCUUGGACCAAGCACUGCUCCGAAAAUGGAAUGGCCUGAGUUAGUAGGCCUUACCCCUGAGGAAGCAGAGAGAAAGAUCAAGGAAGACAUGCCAAGAGUCCAGAUUCAGGUGGUCCAAGCUAAUUGCUUUGUUACCAUGGAUUUCAACCAUGGAAGGGUUCGAUUAUAUCUUGACCCUUCAGGAAAAGUUGAAAGGCCUCCAAGAAUUGGCUAAAUCUAACUUGUUUGCUUUCGAGAAUAAUAUUACAACGUCAUAGUUGUUAAGACAUCAUUAGAAUCACAGGUAAACAAUGAGCAAAACUUUUGCAUGAACGUAUGUAAUAAAACUUGGAACUUUCAUUUGGAGUUGAAUAGUUGAAAUCA